AUGUCCUGGGCGCAAACAACCCUCACGCUGCCCUCGCGCAGCCGGGGCUGCUACCUCAUCACCUCCACCAUAACCGACCAGGUCCCCGCGAUCAAAGACUACAAAGUCGGGUUGCUGAACCUGUUUAUCCAGCAUACGUCGUGCGCGCUGUCGUUGAAUGAGAAUUGGGAUGAGGACGUACGGGCGGAUAUGGGGGAUGCGUUGGAUAGGAUUGUGCCGGAGGAUAAGGGAAGGAAGGGGUUGUAUAGACAUGAUGCGGAGGGGAGUGAUGAUAUGCCUGCACACGUUAAAAGCGCACUAGUGGGCGCAAGUGUCACGAUACCUAUUAAAGACGGAAAACUAGCGACCGGCACAUGGCAAGGGAUCUGGCUGUUGGAGUUUAGGAAUAGUAAACAUUCGAGGAAGUUAGUUGCUACCAUCCAGGGAGAGAAGUAUUAA